AACUUUAGAGUCAGAAUUGUGUUACUUUGGUAGGUGAUGAUCAUUAUUAAAAGGUAAGAAAUUAACCAAAUUAAGUAGGUUUCGAUAGACUGUUCUCUCAAGGCCGGUAAGAGUGUUACAUAUUUUAUAUGUGCAUGUUCCAUCGAGAGAUCGAGAGACAGACCUUUAGAAUGUUUGUUAAGAAACAUUUAAUCUGUCAUAUUUUAUAUAUUGUUUGUAGAUUGAUUUUAAGAACAUCUUUACCAAAUGGUCAUAUAGCAUUUAAAACACUUUAGAUAGCCAGCAAUGGGUCCAAAGGUUUACUUCACACUUCUACAAUCUAAGAAAAACUAAUUUUUCAUUGUAGCCUUAGCAUGUAAUUAGUCUGGGACUUGAAAGGGUUAAAGUAUCAGUACAUUAAAAAAUAGCUAUAAAUAAAAUGUUUCUCUGUGGAAGAACAUUUGAGAGAGAUGGCUGAAGUGGAGAGAGAGGAAAUGUGGAGAGGGUUUUAAGACUGGCAUUAUUAGAAAAAUAUGUUUUUGACAUUUUAUUCAUAUUCACUCCUCUUUUCUUAUGUUUUACUUUAUCUUGAUUUUAUUUACUGCAAUUAUAAAUUGCAAUUCCUGCAUGUUCAUUGUGUAGAUCUGCAUAUUAAAUACAAAAUUAAACACUGCAUAUUUUACAAGUUCAUGAAAAAUAACCUGGGGAGGAUAAACAAUUCUAAAAUGAGCUGGGCUGAGCCCUGAAUCUUUACAUGCCCAGGCAACACCCAAAAUUGAGUUACAAAAACAGUCGGUAGACAAAAAUGAUAAUUACGCACCUGUUCAGCUCCUCCCUUUCAAAGCUCCUCUGCUAUGCAGUCUACCUGCUGGAGGAAACGGACCUUCCCACUGUGACUUUCACUCUACUAAUCCUCACUCUUUCUAUCUCACCAUGAUCGAGAGACACUGAUAAAAUCUUUUAUCUAAAGACUUAUUUUUUAACAACUGUAUUGAAGAGAUCUGAAAACAGUGAGAUGAAGGACUACAGUAAGUGAUUCUGAACACUGCUGCUGUGUUCAGUUCAUAAAUUAAAUAAAGGGAAAGAAACAACUGGACAAGAGAAAUUAUUAGAGAAAGGAUCAGCAGCUGUUGAAGAAAAUGGCAUCUAUAAGCUCUCCACCAGAUGAGGACCUUUCUUGCCCUGUGUGCUGUGAAAUCUUCAGGGAUCCUGUUCUACUGUCAUGUAGCCACAGUGUGUGUAAAACCUGUCUGCAGCAGUUCUGGGAAACUAAGGGAUCUCGAGAAUGUCCAGUUUGUAGAAGAAGAUCCUCUAAAGAUGAUCCUCCUUGUAAUCUUGCUCUGAGGAACCUUUGUGAGGCUUUUCUAGAGAGUAGGAGUCAGAGAUCUUCAGCAGGGUCUGAGGUGCUCUGCAUUCUGCACAAUGAGAAACUCAAACUCUUCUGCCUGGAUGAUCAGCAGCCUGUGUGUUUGGUGUGUCAGACUUCAAAGAAACACAAAAAUCAUGAAUUCUGUCCAGUAGAUGAAGUUGUGACUGACAUUAAGAUUAAACUCAAGACUGCUUUGGAGCCUCUACAAAAGAAUCUGAAAGUCUUAGAGGAAGCUAAACAAGACUUUGACCAAACAGCAGCUCACAUUAAGACGCAGGCCCAGCACACAGAGAGGCAGAUAAAGGAGGAGUUUGAGAAGCUUCACCAGUUUCUAAGAGAUGAAGAAGCAGCAAGGAUAGCUGCACUGAAGGAGGAGGAGGAGCAGAAGAGUCAGAUGAUGAGGAGGAAGAUUGAGGAGAUGAAUGGAGAAAUAUCAGCUCUUUCAGACACAAUCAGACACAUAGAGAAGGAAAUGGAAGCUGAGGACAUUCUGUUCUUACAGAACUUCAAGUCUACAGAGAAACAAGCUCAGCUCAAACCAAAGGAUCCAGAGAAGACAUUAGGAGCUCUGAUCAAUGUAGUGAAACACCUUUCCAACCUGAAGUUCAGAGUGUGGGAGAACAUGCAGGAGAUUCUCCAGUACACCCCUGUUACUCUUGACCGCAACACUGCACAUCCAGUCCUCCACCUGUCUGAUGAUCUCACUGCUGUAGAAAACAGAGAAAAGAGAUCAUCACUUCCUGAUAAUCCAGAGAGAUUUGAUGAGUGGUGGUGUGUUCUGAGUUCUGAGGGUUUUAACUCAGGGACACACUGCUGGGACGUCCAGGUUGGAGACAGUCAUUACUGGAGACUGGGUGUGAUAACAGAGUCUGUAACAAGGAAAAGAAGCUCUUUCUGGGGUUCAGUGUUGUGUCUCUGUAACAGUUACAGUAAAUACUGGAUACACUGUCCCGGACAGCCAGAUCACUCAUUCAGACCUAAAGAGAAGCUGCAGAUUGUCAGACUGCAGCUGGACUGGGACAGGGGGAAAGUGACAUUCACUGAUCUUCUAACUAGCAAACACCUACACACUAUAACACACACUUUCACUGAGAGAGUUUUACCACUUUUCCUAAAUGGGUCUGUUUAUCCUCUGAGGAUCUUACCAGUGAAGACGUCAGUAACAGUGGAACAGCACAGUUAAAGUUGAUGCUGCUUAGAAUGAACAUUUAUUCAGGUAGUGAGUGUCUGAAUUAUGAUCAUAAGAAUAUGUCACUACAUGUAUAUUUUAAAUAAUGUGUUUGUACCAUUCCAUCCUAACAUGUCUGUGUGGAAAUAAAAUGCUGAUUUAAAGUGUCA